AUGCAAGAGCCAUCUGCUAAGGCGGUUUCUUUCUACCGUCUUGGUGCCGAGUAUGGGGCUGUCAAUUUCGAGAAGUGCCUCUCGAUGUACAUUGUCAGGCUUAACAACUCUCAAGCUUCUCCGGCAUCAGUAUGCGAUCUCGUGUCAACGUUGUGUCUCGGGUUUCAGAAGGUCCCAGUCUAUCACAAGGUAAAAUUCUGGGAAAGUGACUUUUCUCAAUACCGGCAUGCUUCAGAUGAGUACAAUGUCAUUCACGUCACUCCUGCACAUAGCGACAAGCGUGGUAACAUUAUCCCUGGUCAGUUUGACACCGUAUUGGUGAAUCUUGGUAACGGUGUACCGGUUGGCAUCACUAGUGAGUACCAAUUGUAG